AUGUCAACAGACUCUUCGUCAACACUUGUUGAAUGGGCCAAGGAAUCUGGUAUUGAACUUAACAACUGUGAAAUUCGGAAGACCGAGAACAGUGGGAAUGGUGUGUUCUUUAAAGGAUUCCGCUCUGACAAGAAACUUGACGGUAGCGACAUCGAGCAUCCAUUAUUAAAAAUACCCAAGCAAUUGAUUAUUACAAAAGAUCGGAUUGUUCAAUUGGCCGAAACUCGUCCAUUCCUCAAAAAUUUAUUAUACAAGACAAAUACUGGCGACAAUCAGCAAACUACUACACCCGAAGCUCCCAACGCUAGACAAAGCUUGGCAAGAUUCUUAAUUUAUCUAAUAUUAAGUUCUCGUAGAGGAACUCCAGAUUAUGAAUUUGGCUCAUGGCUGGCCCUUUUACCUCCAGGUAAAGACAUUGAUUUGCCUUUUACAUAUCCCGACGACGAUUUAGACGAGAUUGAGAGAUCCAGUAUUUUCGAUGCAGUUAUUGCUAAGAAGACCAAUUUAAGACUAUCCUACGAAGACUUUUUUUCUAAUGCUGACUUUAGAAAGCAAAUUGCUGAAUAUGUUAAUUCUGGUGAGAACAAAAACCUCCGUCAGAUUGAUACAGAGGUUACAUAUCACGAUUGGCAGCUGGUUGAAGAGUGGAUUUUAUCUAGAAGUCUGAAUCUACCAGUCAUAACUAGUAAAGGUACUUCAAAUGAAAACGGAAAAAGUAAAGACAAUGAGCGUGCUGAAAAUGAACAAGACGAAGACAAUGAAAAUGAAAAUGAAAAUGAAGAUGAAAUUGAACUAGAAAUCGCUCUUGUUCCUAUACUUGAUAUGUGUAACCAUGCGACUGAUGCCAAUGCUCGUUAUGAAGUUGAAGAUGAGGGAAACGUUGUCCUGCUCUUCAGAGACAAUCUUUCAAUUGAGGACAUUGAAAAGCUUACAGACAAAGAAAUUACAAUUUCGUAUGGAUCUGAUAAGAGUGCUGGAGAGUUUUUGUUUACAUAUGGAUUCAUUCCUGAGGGAUACAAAACAGCUAAAGAAUUAUCUCGAUUUUAUUCAGUUGAGGAUACGAAUAUCGUAAAACUAUUGGACCCUGAUAACUAUUCCAAGAGUGAAGAUCGCAUUCCCUAUGCUUUUCUGACGAACUUCCUGGAUAGACCAGUGAAUCGGUUUCAGAUCUCUUACCCAUCACCAGAGUCUCCUUAUCCAAGAUGGCAUGAUGAUCUUCUCUUUCUUCUGGCUUGUGAAGAUAACUUGCUUGUGCAUAAGAAUGACGAAGAAGGGUACCUCGAGUUGUAUUAUAGCGGAUACGAAGUUGAUCUCAAUGAUGUUGAACGAUUUUUACUGGCAGUUGAUAGAACCAAAUUUUUAACUGAGAUUGUUCCUCGAGCUGAUUCAUUGGCUGAGAAGUUUCUGCAAGCUGUUUUGACGCAAAUUGAAUUGGGUGGUGAGAUUGGCUCCUCUGCAGAUAUUCCCAGAACAAGCCAACACGAGCUGAUUAAAUUAGAGAUCGCUCUGAUCGAGGAAACUAUCAAAGGCAUUGAACAUCACAAACAAGAAGUCUCCAAUUUGAAGUCACACGUUAACCUUGACGAAGUAAAUAAGGGACUCAAGGACACUGUUAUUAGCGAUAAGUAA